AUGGGGAGCUACCGGGGUGCUUUGGCACAUUCGGGCGAACUGUGCGUUCAGGGGCUUCAAGAGAGGAGCUCCCGCAUCCUCCCCAGAGACCCUCGAUCGCUGCUCCCCGAGGCCGGUGCUAUGGAAAGCAGGUGGCUGGCCCUGCUCUCAGCUGUCAGUGUCUUGCUGGCUUCAUCAGGAUCAGAGGCGCAGACUUCUCGAGGAUCGGGUUCUGUGAUCUCUGCAGAUUCCUGCCCUCCCUGCCCUAAGACUGCCGUCUGCUACAACAGCACCCACUGUGUCUGCAGAAACGGGUUCAAGUACUCGUGGCUGGGGAGGAUCUUCCACACCUCCUACCUCAAGUGUGACGAUGCUGACGAGUGUAGGAGCGAGUUGGCAAAGUGCCAGGAAAUGUUCUGUAGUAAAAAGAUCGGGUAUUACCUCUGCGUCUGUGUGGUUCAACGCUCUUUCUUCCACUGGCUCUCUGGCUCCCUUGACACUGAACAUGCACAAUGUCACGAGAACCAGGAUGGAAACAUGAACUCACAGCAGAACGUUUGGGAAGAUCUGUCGAAAAAUAAGAGCCAAAAGGAUUUUGCAGAAAAGGCUACCAUCCUACUUAAGCGUGUGGAACUGGAAAUACUGAAUAAGAAUAUUGAUUCUCCAGGAAAGGGCGAAAACCCCCUGUUUGAUCUAGUCUAUGAAACCAAGAGGUGCAGAGAGGAGACUCUGCUGGAGGCUGGGAACAACACGAUGGACCUCAACUGCACUGGCGCCUUCAAGGACACCACAGGAGACAAGAGCAUAGUUGCUCUGAUCACUUAUCGAUCUCUUGGGAAUUUUCUGAACGGAUCCUUUUUCCGUGAUAGAAGGAGGAAGCUGGGAGCCAGGCUGAACUCCCAGGUUGUGAGUGGCACCGUUGGUGACAAGGUCAACCUGUCUGAACCCACAUUCCUGACUUUUCAACACACUCAGCCUGGUGGUGAGACGGCAAAGCAUCUCUGCGUCUACUGGGAAGGGUCGAAGGAUGGGGGCAGCUGGUCGACCGAGGGCUGCUUCCAUGUGGGCAGCAAUGACUCCCACACCAGGUGCAAGUGCUUCCACCUGUCCAGCUUUGCUGUCCUCGUGGCUCUGUCGCCCAAGGAGGAUCUGGUGCUGACGGUGAUCACCUACGUGGGGCUGGGGCUCUCCCUGCUCUGCCUCCUCCUGGCAGUCCUCACCUUCCUCCUGUGCCGGCCCAUCCAGAACACCAGUACCACGCUCCACCUGCAGCUCUCUCUCUGCCUCUUCCUGGCCCACUUCCUGUUCCUCACGGGCAUCAACAGGACUGAGCCUGAGAUGCUGUGCUCCAUCAUUGCGGGGGUGCUGCACUACCUCUACCUGGCCGCCUUCGUCUGGAUGCUCCUGGAAGGGCUACACCUCUUCCUCACAGUCAGGAAUCUCAAAGUGGCCAACUACACCAGCUCGGGAAGAUUCAAGAAGAGGUUCAUGUACCCCCUGGGCUAUGGCAUCCCAGCUGUGAUUGUCACUGUGUCCGCGAUAGUUGGACACCAAAACUAUGGCACAUAUACUCACUGCUGGCUCAAGCUCGAUGAAGGAUUCAUCUGGAGCUUCAUGGGGCCYGUGGCCCUCAUUAUCUUGAUAAACUUGGUGUUGUACUUCCAAAUUCUGUGGAUUUUGAGAAGCAAACUUUCCUCCCUCAAUAAAGAGGUUUCCACCAUUCAGGACACCAGGGUCAUGACAUUUAAGGCCAUUGUUCAGCUGUUUGUGCUGGGAUGUUCCUGGGGCCUUGGUUUCUUCAUGGUUGAAGAAGUGGGGCAGACGGUGGGAUUGGUCAUUGCCUACCUGUUCACCAUCACCAAUGUCCUGCAGGGGGUUUUGCUCUUCGUGGUUCACUGCCUCCUGAAUCGCCAGGUGCGAAUGGAAUACAAGAAGUGGUUUAGCAGGGUGCAGAGGGGUGUUGAAACGGAAAGUACAGAGAUGUCUCGCUCCACUACCCACACCAGAAUGGAGGAGCCAGGGAAGUCCUUGGAACUCGGUCACUGAAGACACCCUGUCCAUCUGACUGAUGCAGCUCCUCCCCGCUCCUCAGCUGGGGACCGAGAACUGGCUUGUGUCCAC